AAACCGUGUACAGACGUACAGUCAAUCGUCAUCCACCCGUGAUAUCCCCCAACAUCCCCCGCCGCGGCCGGCCGAGGAGCCCCAGAAUAGGCGCCCCGUUCGCACUAACAAAUCGCCUCCUCCGCGCCCAGCCAUCGUCGUCACCGGCAGCCAUCCCGCGGCCGCGACGCCCUUCACCGGCUCCAGUCGCUUUCUCUCCCUAUUUAUACCCUGCCCCGUCUCGCUCUCCGCCUUCUUUUCCUUUAGGCAGGGAAGCGCGCAUCUAUCUUUGCCGGUCCCUUUCCUUUUCCCCGAUAAAAUCCCGAGAAAUUCGACAGGGGAAAGGGAAGGAAUACGUAUCCGCGCAGCAGCGGCGAUCCCAUUCUUCGCCCUAGCAGGAGGCGCGAGGAUUUUGAUUGGUUGCGUCGUCCGGGAGCAAGAGGCGUGGGAUUGAUUCUUGGAUUGGUCGGGCUCGCACGGCAGCUUCAGCACCACAAGCACCAGGACGGCGGCGGCCGCGGGCAAGAAGAUGCGGGCGCUGGAGGACGACCUCUUUCCGUCCACUCCAGGGAAGGUGAAGAUCGAGAGGGCAGGCGGGGGCGCCAUGGCCAUGAACCGCCAGCUCCACCGCUGCUUCGCCUCCACCAGCACGAUGUUCCUCUGGGCGCUCUUCCUCGUCGCCAUGACCGCGUCCUACCUCAGCUUCCAGUCCUUCGUCGACACCUCCUCCAAGUACUUCGCCGCCUCCUGGGGCGGCCUCCACUGGGAGCGCCAGAUCCGCGCGUCCGCCGCCGUCAGGCGCCCGCCUGGCUCCGCCGCAGGGGCGGGGAUGUCGGUGCUCGUGACCGGCGCGGCGGGGUUCGUCGGCACGCACUGCUCGCUCGCGCUCCGGAAGCGCGGGGACGGCGUCGUCGGCAUCGACAACUUCAACUCCUACUACGACCCUUCCCUCAAGAAGGCCCGCAAGGCGCUGCUCACCUCGCACGGCGUGUUCGUCGUCGAGGGCGACAUCAACGACGGCCGCCUCCUUGCCAAGCUCUUCGACGUCGUGCCCUUCACCCACGUGCUCCACCUCGCCGCGCAGGCCGGGGUGCGCUACGCCAUGGAGAACCCGGCGUCCUACGUGCACUCCAACGUCGCCGGCCUCGUCACCCUCCUCGAGGCCUGCAAGAACGCCGACCCGCAGCCGGCUAUCGUCUGGGCAUCGUCUUCCUCCGUCUACGGCCUCAACGACAAGGUCCCUUUCUCGGAGGCCGACCGCACCGACCAGCCGGCGUCGCUGUACGCCGCCACCAAGAAGGCCGGCGAGGAGAUCACCCACUCGUACAACCACAUCUACGGGCUCUCCAUCACCGGCCUCCGCUUCUUCACCGUGUACGGUCCCUGGGGCCGGCCGGACAUGGCCUACUUCUCCUUCACGCGCAACAUCCUGCAGGGGAAGCCCAUCACGGUGUACCGCGGCAAGAACCACGUCGACCUGGCCCGCGACUUCACAUACAUCGACGACAUCGUCAAGGGCUGCCUGGGCUCCCUCGACACGGCCGGCAGGAGCACCGGCACCGGCGGCAAGAAGCGCGGGCCGGCGCCCUACAGGAUCUUCAACCUCGGCAACACAUCCCCUGUCACGGUGCCCACCCUGGUGUCCAUCCUCGAGAAGCACCUCCGCGUGAAGGCCAAGAAGCACGUGAUCGAGAUGCCCGGCAAUGGCGACGUGCCAUUCACCCACGCCAACAUCUCCCUCGCCAGGCAGCAGCUCGGCUACAAGCCAACGACCAACCUCGACGCCGGCCUCAAGAAGUUCGUCAAAUGGUACCUCUCCUACUACGGCUACACCAGGGGAUCCAAGAACUUGUGACUACCACUACUGCUACAUUCCAUCCCUAUUCUUCCCCUCCUCUUGCUGAUUCUUUUAUUUUCCAUUUCUUUUUCUUCUUUGGCCUGCUCCCCGCGGCAGGCACAACUUCCGGAUCAAACAUUUUUAGACUCGUGGCAUACCCGGAUCAAACAUUAACAUUCUUGUCUCAAUUUUUUUGGCGGAAA